AUGAGUGAACGCAGCAUUUUAGACCGCCUGGCGGCCCUUGACACCAACGCCGUAUCUGAUGCCCUGGACUUCCUCCAACUCAAAGGAGCCACAUACGGCCUGCGCCCCCUCUGGGACUGUCCAAAGAUCGUUGGCCGCGCCAGCACAGUCAAAGUCGGCCCGAAGACAGACGAAGCGGCUACGGCACACCCAUUCACCCCAGUUAUCGACGCCGUGACAACAGAUGACCGUAUCCUUAUUAUCUCCGGCGGCUUAGAGGGGGUCUCCUGCUGGGGUGAUAUUAUCGCUAAUGCCUCGAAGGCUAAGGGGAUUCGCGGGACCGUCAUUGAUGGCAUGUGCCGUGAUAUUAACGGUAGUCGGGAGGUGGGCUACCCCGUCUACGGUCGCGAUGUGACUAUGAUCAGCGGGCGUAGCCGAAUCGUACAGCUUGCCUCGGGGACACCGGUGCACAUGCGGGGGGAUGCCUGCGGAACAGUCUUUGUUCCGGCUGAGCGAAUUGAGGAUGUCCUAGGUUUAGGUGAACGCAUUGACCGUCGCGAGAGCUUGAUGGUCAAGGACGUCCAAGCAGGGAAGCCCGUCUCGGAGGUUAUGCACGAUGCCAAAUUCCAAGCGAUCCACGCAGAAACCCUAUCUGUUGCAGCUGCCUCUAGCGCGUCGCAUUCCAAACAAAAUAUCAAAAAGGCGGAGCCCGAAGACCAAGAACUAGUUAAGCUGUUUGCCGGCCUGGACACUCCUGCGGUCUCAGAUGCGCUCGACAAACUCGGAAUCCCGGGACAAGUAUUCGGAAUCUUACCCUUGAUCAACUAUGAUAAGAUUACCGUCGGACCAGCCUUUACGGUCCGCUACGUUCCCGCUAGCGACCCACCAGGAAGUGUCGGCGACUUCAUUGACGAUGUUGCCGCUGGCGACGUGGUUGUUAUUGACAAUGGUGGUCGCACCGACUGCACCGUCUGGGGCGACAUUAUGACUCAGUAUGCUGGCCUACGCGGGAUCGCUGGAACUGUCAUUGACGGCGUAUGCCGCGACGUGAAGCGUGCUAUUGGCGAGGAGUACCCGCUCUUUAGUGCUGGUCGGUGGAUGCGGACUGGCAAGGAUCGGGUUCAGGUGGGAGGCUUUAAUGAAGCGAUUGGGGUGGGGGUGGGCAAGGUUCAUGUGAAGCCACGGGAUAUCGUCAUUGCUGAUGCUAAUGGAGUUGCUGUUGUACCGAGAGAUCGUGUCCGUGAGGUGACUGAAGUUGCGCGGACUAUCGAGAGCAGUGAAGAGCGCAUUCGGGAGAUGAUAAACAAUGGGGCGACGAUUGCUGAGGCACGAAAGGAGCUUGGGUAUCACACGCUGCAGCGUAGUGGUUAG